GUUUUGUUGGUUGUUAUAAAAAGCGCGUGCGGUUAAAUGACACAAUUGAAGGGUGCUGGACAGUAUUAAAGAACCUCACGUUAGGUGAUCGUCAACGGAAUAUUGUCUUAAUUCAUGACAUUGUAAAAUCAGCGCUACAACUAAAUAACGACUCAUGGCCUUCAGUCAGCCCCAUUUAAACAAACAGCUGAUAAACCUGUAAACAACAUUGCAUUGAAACGCUGAAGCAACCUCCACUAGCAUCAUGAAUUUGACUGAAAUUUGUGACAAUGCUAAGAAAGGAAGAGAAUAUGCAUUACUGGGAAACUAUGACUCCUCCAUGGUGUACUACCAAGGUGUUAUACAACAGAUCCAUAAGCACUGCCAGUCGCUCAGAGAUCCUGCCCAGAAAGUCAAAUGGCAUCAAGUUCGACAGGAGCUGGCAGAGGAAUAUGAGCAGGUAAAGAGCAUUGUAAAUACCCUGGAGAGUUUCAAGGUGGACAGGCCAAUUGAUUUCCCCAACCCUCAGCCUGAAGAGAGCCCAAGGGACCGCAAUGUCUGGCCUCCCCCAACCCCAGCGGAGCACAGAGGACCUGCUCCGGUUAAGAAACCAAUAGUUGGAUCAAAGCCACAGCGAAAAGACUCACCUGCUAUGCAGCAUCGUGGACCUGUGGGGAGGGGUCAGCCGAAUGUCAAAGCAGACAGACCGAGCACUCGAGAAGGCCGCAGCAAUAGAGUUAAAGAUGAAAAAAGUAAGAAGAAUGGUCAGGAAGGUGCUGGUGAUGGAGAACAGAGAAGGUUUGAUGGCACAGGCUAUGACAGCGACCUAGUAGACGCGUUGGAACGAGACAUUGUGUCCAGGAACCCCAAUAUCCACUGGGAUGACAUAGCGGAUCUAGAAGAUGCCAAGAAGCUACUGAGAGAGGCAGUGGUCCUGCCAAUGUGGAUGCCAGACUUUUUCAAAGGGAUCCGUCGCCCGUGGAAGGGGGUGCUGAUGGUUGGACCUCCAGGCACAGGCAAGACCAUGUUGGCUAAAGCUGUUGCCACUGAAUGUGGCACAACGUUUUUCAAUGUGUCCUCUUCUACGCUUACUUCAAAGUACAGAGGAGAAUCUGAAAAACUGGUGCGGCUUCUCUUUGAAAUGGCUCGAUUUUAUGCCCCAACAACAAUUUUUAUCGAUGAGAUCGACUCUAUUUGUGGCAGACGUGGCACAUCAGACGAACAUGAAGCCAGUAGGAGAGUGAAGUCCGAAUUACUGGUCCAAAUGGAUGGUGUAGGGGGCGCUCAAGAGAAUGAUGAUCCCUCUAAGAUGGUAAUGGUCCUGGCGGCCACUAACUUCCCCUGGGAUAUUGACGAGGCUUUGAGGAGAAGACUUGAGAAGAGAAUCUACAUUCCACUCCCUACCGCUGAAGGACGGGCAGAACUUUUGAAGAUCAAUUUAAGAGAGGUUGAAGUGACGUCUGAUGUGGAUCUGACACUCAUCGCUGAAAGAAUUGAGGGUUAUUCAGGAGCUGACAUCACCAACGUCUGCAGAGAUGCAUCAAUGAUGGCCAUGAGAAGGAGAAUCCAGGGUCUCAGCCCGGAGGAGAUCAGAGCUCUUUCUAAAGAUGAACUUCAAAUGCCAGUCACCAUGGAGGACUUUGAGCUGGCACUCAAAAAAAUAUCAAAGUCUGUCUCAGCUUCUGACCUGGAGAAAUACGAGUCCUGGAUGUCUGAGUUCGGUUCGGUUUAAAGAAAAACAGAAUCCCAUGGGUACGGCACACUUAAGAGCAAUACUUGAAAAAGACACGGUUUUAUGUCUUCAGACGUUUUAAUAUCUAAAGAUGCUACUGAACAUUGUAGUCAAAGCAAUGUCCUGCUGUGUUUGUUUACGCUCGGACCAUUAAUUGGCAGAAAUGCACUUCAGAAAAGUCAGACGCUGGUUGCAGUCUGAGGUACGACACUGAGCCACUUUUAUUCGUUGUUUGUAGCAUUUCAGUUUUGAGUGAUUUCUAAAUCCAUUUCUACAAAAAGGAUGGAAAUCGCCCGAAUGCUAAUAACACGUUUUAGGUUUCAUACUAUGAAGCUUGUGAAAAGGAGACUUGAUAAGAGAGAGCAGCAUUAUCCAGAUGUUGGAUAUUUUUAAUGUUUGAUAGUGUGUAGACACUAAUACUGUAUGUCCGGUGUUUUAUUGGUUUUACUUUUUCUUGACUUACAAUCAUAAUAAAAUCUUAAAUGUAUUCUCUUCUGAUUUAAUGAUGUUUUUUUUUUAACCAGAAGCACUACAAUAAUUACCAAGUUUUUGAUCUGAAUGCAUUCAAUUCAGUGCAUUUUAUCCUGAAUAAAACAAAUAAUAUAAAUGUUA